UGCCACGAGCAGUCGCGCAUGUGCAAGAUCAUCAUCUGUUGUUCAAAAUCAUGCAGGCUCUCUGUAUGUAACUGUGGAAGUCAUCACGACAGAAAGCAAUUGUCGAGAUAGUCGUGUGUGAAAUUUGAGUCAUAUUACAAGAAGAAGUAUCGUGAUCAAUUCUCGGACUUAUCGUUAGUACUAUUUUAACGGCUUGUGAUUUAUUUGAGGAAAGAGAGUAUUUCCGAUACGUGUGUGUUUAAACGAUCAUUCUCCACUUGUUUUAAUACACUACUUUGUAAACUCUCGAUAGUACUAAAGCUUCUAGUUUCUAUCACCAUUCAGUUGUUGAUUCUGUGCAGUAAGUAAAACACGGACUUUAUUUGAAGGUUUGAAAUUUGUCGAUUGUAUCAGAAACAUUAAAAAAAAAGACAAAUAUUACUCUUAAGUCUGCUAUUUUCUCCGUUGAGUCCUUCAUCCUUAAGGUACAUUUACGUAGUGCUGGAUUUCAGACUUACCAAUAGUUGCUCAGCCUUUUCUAUAUUCAAAUUAUAUAAAACUCUGCGGUGGUGUUUAGUUUUCACAUUAUUCAGCUGAAGAACGUGUUUCAAGUCAGACAGCACCCCAGACAACAACACCUUAUAAGAAAAGCUUCGACUUGAAACCGGUUACUCAACUUUUUUCAAGAUGGCAUUGGGCUGUGGUGCAAAAUGUGCCAAAGUUGUUCUUAUGACAUUUAACUCGAUAUUUUGGCUCUCUGGAGCUGCUAUGCUGGGUAUCGGUGUUUACUUUCUUGUUGAUACUGACAAAGUUACACUAUAUCGCCUGUUCUACACUGAUGGAGAUUAUGCCCUAAUCCAGUACCUGGCAUACGCUUUGAUUGGAGUUGGUGGAUUAGUGUUCGUUGUGGGAUUCUUUGGAUGCUAUGGAGCCAUAAGAGAAAACAAGUGCAUGUUACUCACGUAUUUCGUGUUCCUCUUUCUCAUUCUUGGGUGCGAGACUGCCGUAGGGAUCUUGGCAGUUAUAUUCCAAAACAAGGUAAUCAGAGGCCUGGAAGACAAUGUGACAUCAAAACUGAAGAAUAAAUAUGGAUUGGAUGAGACCAUAACUGAAUCAAUUGAUCUGGCUCAAACAAGGUUUGAUUGCUGUGGUGUUAAAGAGGCACUGGAUUACAGUAAGACCAAGUGGAAACUUGACAACCUUGGCCAAGGUGACAACGUCAGCAAAACCUGCUGUGUCCUAAAAAAUCACGAUGAUGUGGAUGCUUUUAAAAAUCCUAAGCCUCUAAACGAAACUAUGUGUCAAUCCAAAGAUCCAAAGCAGAACAUGAAUUUCCGCCACCAAAAGGGCUGCUUGGGAAAACUAGAGGGCUUUGUCCGUGCGGAGAGUACAGUGUUGUUAGGUAUUGGCUGUGGAAUAGCAGGCUUGGAGAUAUUCGGUAUGAUUUUUGCCAUCUGUUUGUGCAAAGAAAUCUGAAAAUUGCUGUCGACGAAAAGGCGUACAUUCGUGUGCACCUGGACAAGAGAAUGCGAUCUGGCUGUUUUAACACGAGGAAAGACUGAGGCUCAGUUGUAAACCAUUCAGAUCUGCACCUGGAAAUGUUCAAGAGGGAAAGCUUAAGUCAUCAAGACUAAGUGUCUGAGUUUCUUCAUGGAUUCCUACUGGCCCAACUUACUUGUUAAGAUAAAACAGGAUGAAAAAAUGCCUGAGAACUUUAAAAGCUUACCAUGAAUUACUGAGAACUAGUGUAUCUGCGUUUGACAUCAUCUGUAUGUUAAGAGAUAUAUCUAUAUCACAUUAGUAGUGUGAAACAUUAGUUUUCAAAAAAUAGCUUGAUCCUCCAAGCUAGUGGUGAUUAGGUCGAAACAGUUGAAGUAACUAGGAUAUAAUUCAUUAGCUAGCUUCAGGAUACUGUUAUUCACCAUGCAGAAUUUGAAGAGAUGGCCUCCACCAGAUGUUUAUUAAUGUUGGCUUAAACAGACUUUAAGUACUGAGCUUUUUUCAUUCUGUUUUAUCGGAUUAGAAAGAUACAUUCGUUAUUUUUCACACUUUUUCCUGUUUCAUCUAAAUUUCAAACUAAUAAAAUCCUUUACUAUUAUAGAAGACAGUGCAAAUGUUUAUGUAUAAUUCAAAUGGGUGAAAAUAUAAAAGAAAACUAAAUAUGAAAAAUCUAUUUUUCUCACAUAAACUUCAAACUUUACGAUGUUGUAACUAGCAAAAAGGAAGUAACCUAAAAUUAAUUGUAAAAUAAAUAAAACGUAUGUGGAAAACUUAUUGCAGUUUGUAGCAACAACUUCAUAAUGUAAGUAAAACUGGUAGAAAUACAUAGUAAAAAUAAUAAAAUAAAAACUUUAGUUAUGGAGCUCGAAACAUUACAAUUAAGAUAAUGUAAGCUCCCACUAGUUUAAAUCUAAAACUAGUUUGUGUUAUUAAUAACAAUUAGUUAGAGAUAGGUCGUGGUUUUAACACUUGUGUGCUGUUACAUCUACUUUCUUACAUUAUUUUCUUUUUCACACCAUACAGUUCUACACAUAGUGCAACUUUCACUUUACUAGUGGUUUUAACACUUGUGUGCUGUUACAUCUCUUUUCUUACAUUAUUAUAUUUUUUCACACCAUACAGUUCCACACAUAGUGCAACUUUCACUUCAUUAUUGUUUUUAACACUUGUGUGCUGUUACAUCUGAUUUCUUACAUUAUUUUAUUUUUUAACACCAUACAGCUCCAGCCAAAGACAAAUUUUAAUUUCAUUAGUAUUUUGGCAUUUGUGUGCUGUUAUAUUUACUUUCAUACUUUUUUUUCACACCGAACAGUUCCAUACUUUGGAGGAAUUUCAUUUCAAUAACAAAAAGUACUUGAUAAGUCUAAGGGUAUCUCUGAUUUCUGCCAUGGCCGCAUCUCUUCGUUAAGAUAUGUCGAAAAUUGAUAUUUUUAAGUAAGUUUCUUCACUGAAUUGUCGAGAUAAAAAUAUAAUAUAGUGAAUUGCAUAACAUGAUCGAAAGUACAGUGAUACUUUAAUUAAAUGCAGAUUUGAAUAUACUGAAUAAUAAUUAUUCUAAUGAUUUCAGCGUAAUAUGUCAUACUAUAAAACUUCCCUUUUAGUCCUGACUCGUCUUUAUGGGGACCUUUUCCCUCAAAACCCAUAAACUGGAUUUAUGUAUAACAAAUCAUGUUAAUCUAUAAAAAUUAACAGAAAAUAGCUGUAAUCCUACUAAAAAAAUUACAAAGUUAUCACAAAAUACUUGUAGGUUCUGUAAGAUUUCAGUAAGACUGUCAAACUACAAAAACCGUGUUUAACAUAGAUAACCGUAAUUUGUAGUAUUUGCUACAAACGUAAUUAACAUCAAAAUACACACAGCCAAUUUAAUACGGUAAACGUUUGUUCAUAUUAAAGGCACCCGCUUCACGCAGAAACUUAAAAUUAUAAAAAUUAUCUUGUGCUAAAUAUGUAUAGUGAUGUUAGUGCCCAAAACUUUUGUUGUUUUAGCUUCGUUAAGAAGUCCAAUCAGGCUCAAGCAGAAAGUGAAAUGAUGAACAUGGUUAUACAAAUGUAAGCAUAGGUUUUUAUCUCAUAAUCCAAAGCAAACUUGAUAUAUAUAUAUAUAUGGAAUUAUUAUUUCAUUUCAAAGGUAGAGAAGAUAUGUAAAGUCUCUUUUUAUGGCUUAGUCGUUUAAGUGUGAAACAAAAUUGUCAUUAAUCAAUCGUCUCUUUUAUUGCAAAUUUUAGAUAACUUAGUGGUGUACUCUAUGUUCAGACAUUCCUGAGGCCUGAUCAUAGUGUUGCAAGUUAAUAAUGGAAACUGAAUGGUUUUCUCAGGUUUACCUAUAGUGUAGAAAUUAGUUUCUUUAGACUGUAUUCGAAAAAUGCAGAAAAUAUUAUUUGUUGGUCAACUAUAUUAUUUCUGAAUGAUUGUAGCAUUACUCUAUAUAAUUUGCUAUCUAAACCUUCGUGAAUUCAUUCUUGGAUAUUAUUAAAGAGAAAGUGUCGUCUUAUUUUAGUUAUCUAGUAAAAAAUAUUCAAAUAUUUUUUUGCCGUCUUUGAGACACUAUUAAAUGAUUAUUUCUGUCAUUUAUUUAUAUAUAUAUAGCAUUCCUCACAAGUGAAGCUUACCUGAUAAAAAAAUUAUUAAAGAGAAGUAACAAAAUUUGAUUUUUUUUUUUACAACGACACUCUCACUUUAAAUGUAAAGCAAUGUGGAUAGUAAAUUGUGAAAUAUAAAGUCCAUUUCCUGUUUUUCUCAUUAUUCUUGACAUAUGUAGUACCCUCAGUUUUCUUAGCGAAAGUUGAAUGGUAAUCACUGUGCCAAGAUACUUGUAUAAUCGUCAAUUAUUGUGAUGUUUCUAAAAUGUUGAAUCCCAUUAAAAUUGGCUUUUAGAAGAUUCCCUA